AUGGGAUUCAAGAUCCUCGCUUUCCUGGCGGCCGUGGCCGUGGCACUCGAUCCGCCGGCAAGAGUGCAAUCAAACACGAGCGACAUAGCCACUCAGGACUUCAACCAGAAGGUCAACCACACGGUCGACGCGAGCUCCGCAACGUUCAGACAGCGGUAUCAGCUCGUAACGGAACACUUCGAGCCCGGCGGACCGAUCCUUUUCGUACAGAGCGCCGAGUCCGGGAUGCCGCCUAUCAACUCGAGCGACUUUAUAGAUUACGCACCGAAACUCGGUGCCCUCGUCGCGAUGCUCGAGCACCGCUUCUUUGGCGAUUUCCGCCACGGCAGCUAUCCGCCUCAUUACAACCCGUUGAACGUUUCAAACGAGACAUUCAGCUCGCUGACACUGGAUAACGUCCUUCAAGAUGGAGUCAAUUUCGUCAAUUGGAUAAAAAAGACGGUCUCAGGCGCUUCAAGUAGUAAAGUGAUUUAUGGUGGUUCUUCGUACGGAGGUUUCCUUGCCGUAUCGGCACGAAUUCGCUAUCCGGAAACAUUUUACGGAGCCAUUGCGUCUUCGCCCGCUUUGAAUUCGUUCGGCCCAUUGAGUUCGAACCAGUAUAAAUUCGAAUCAGCAAAGUGGGCGAGCCAGGUCUAUAACAACGCUUCGAAAGACGCAUCCUCCAAGAUACAAAUGGCGAUGCUGACUUUCAAGAAGUGUAUUGCAGACAAUACCUGCGAUGCGACUAUCCCCGAUCUCAACAUAUGCAAGAACUCCAUCUCGCUAGGCCACGAGAGGCUGUACAACGCGUCGCUCUAUACUUACCUAGCCAUCUCCAAGUUCAACUACCCGUGGGUCGAAAAAUUCCCAACGGCAAACCCGUUCUCGGAAUUAAUCAAGAACACGCUCGAAGCCAAGACCGUAGGCGAAAUCCUCCGCCUCCCGCUCCUAGCAACCUCAUGGACGACCAACGCGUCGGCCUGCAUCGACAGCUUCAACGUCAACAUCUCCAAAGCCAGCCAGGGCAACAUGAUGAGCAGCGAGCCGGCCUGGGGCGCCGUCACGUGCGGCUACUACCCGAUCAACGACCGGUCGAUCCCCGCGGACAACAUGCUGCCCGAGGCCUUCGCGCGGGGCACGGUGGACAUAUGCACUCACCCGGCGUGGCAGGGCGUCGACUACAGGCGCGAGAACGAGUACUUCCUGCAGAAAUACGCCCUAACGAACGACAUCCUCGACGCGACGGAACGGCUGCUCAUCGUGCAGGGGGGCUACGACGGCACGGCGGCGAUCGGGUCGCCGCCGCUCACGGUGACGGAUCUGUAUAAUCAUUCGAGGGUUAUACUUGUGGACGGCACGGCGCAUGCUGAGGAUGCGGUGUCGGAGGCGGUGGAGCCGCGGGGGACGAAGCCGCAGAUGGACGAGAUCCGGGAGAUUAAGCUUGCGCAUCUUAAAGAGUGGCUUGGCCAGGGUAAUCAGACGGAUUCCGGAUCUGCGACGUUGGCCCCGGCGAGUGGUACAACGUUGUUUUCUGCGUUAUUGUUACUGUUUGCUUUUUGGGGGGGUGUUAUGAAUGAAUGA